AUGCAUCAGCGCAACACAGCAUCAAUACCGGAAGACCUCAGAGCAUGUUUUGCUAGCGAAGGCACAACUUGGAAUUUUAUUCCGCCAGCCUCUCCACACUUCGGUGGUUUAUGGGAAGCUGGGGUAAAAUCCACAAAAUUUCACCUUAAGCGUGUCUUGCAAGACCGCGUUUUGAAUUUCGAAGAGUUGACUACACUUUUAUAUCAAAUAGAAGCUUGCCUGAAUUCGCGUCCUCUUUGUCCGCUCAAUGAAGAUGAGGAAAACUGCGACGCACUUACACCAGGACAUUUUUUAAUUGGAGAACCAACUCUUAAUAUUCCCGAUGAAAACUUACUUGAUUUCGCUACUUCUGGAUUAAGUCGGUGGCGUAUGGUUGAACGCUUAAAACAACACUUUUGGCGUCGCUGGUAUUCGGAGUAUCUCAGUCGACUACAAAGCCGUCCGAAAUGGACCACUACUCGUAUCAAUGCUAAACUCGGCGACCUAGUUCUGAUGUAUGACGAAAGAUGUCCACCUGGCAGGUGGCCUUUAGCGCGCAUAGUUGAAAUACAUCCAGGACCUGAUGGACUAACCCGAGUAGUCACUUUGAAAUGUAAAGGAAAAUUUUUCAAGAGACCUAUUCGUAAAAUUUGUUUUCUACCUAACGUGAACCCUUCCAAAUUAACGGAAGAUAGGAUUGUUGAAGGCAGCAACGAUACGGCUGUGAGUCGGGGCACAGCCAUUCAACCUGGCGAUAAACCAAUUACCUCCAACGGCUCUGCUGGAAACAAUUCUAAUUUCUCCGUUUAG